CAGUGUGGAUCGAAAAAAAAAUGGAGUGGUCCAACGACCUCGUCUUGAGGUUUCUGGAACUAUACGAGGAGGAACCGACUAUCUGGAACCCGAAACAUCCGGAUCACAAGAACCGACAUUUAGCACAUGACGCGUGGAAAAGGAUCGAAAUAAAGUUAGACAGCAGGUGGUCCGUAACGGAGUUGAAGAAGAAAAAGGACGCGCUUAUGGCUACUUAUAGGAAACUGUUGCAUAAAUUAAACGCGAUUCAUCUGAAUGGAACUGACGCUUACAGGCCAGAGUGGUUUGCGUUCGACCACAUGGAGAGGUUUUUACAUAACGUCUAUAGGCCUAAUGUGACAAGAAAUCCUGAGGUAUUGAAACUAGAAGGCCCGGUAUUAAUUGAAACCGAAAGUACGAAUCAAGUUGAGAGUGAUGAGUCAAUUGACGAGGAUGAAAUAGACGAAAAUAUCAAAACUGAAGUUAACCCUUUGUCCACUACCAAUUUUACAAAGCAGAUUAGCAAUUCGAAGCCGACAAUACAAUCAAUAAUGAAACGAAAAAGAAGAGUACAAAGUAUGGCGGCUGCAAAAGCUCGCAGAGCUGAAUCAUAUCAAGUUUUCAAGAAAUUAGCCAGACCUCGAUCACUUACCUCAGACGAAUGUUCUUUGUACUCCGAGUUGCUCGCGACAAAGUUGAGAGCUUUGGACGAAAAUACCAGAGCGUUCGCAAUGCUCCAAAUCGAUCACUUCAUGUUUCGCCUCAGGCAAGAAAAGAACGGCAUACAAAAGGCACCGUCAUGCAAUCAAAUGUCCACCAACUCUUGGUUUCCUCAGUGUUUUCCACACUUACAUGUAUCGGACUCGGGGCUUCAAACAUCAGCUCGCUGCGCUCAUCAGUUGCAGCCAUCACCACGUCAUUAUUCUCGACAACCGUCACCUCAGGGUUCUCAGUCGUCAGCAUCCAUAAUUUCGCCAUUACCUCCACCAUCUCCAAGUAUACAGUCUCCCUCUCAACAGUCCCGUGAGGGUUCGCCUCGGUCUAACCAGAGUAUAGAGGAUUUUGAUCCACUAAUGGCCUUGUAGCCAUGCAGAUAAA